AUGCGAAAGAUGUUGGAAGCGCAAGCAAAAGGUCUGAAACCCCUUACGGGCCCCACUGAUGUCUCGGGUCGGUGGCGGAUCCUCCCUCACCUCGUGGUCGACGAUUUAACGUUGCCGCAGUGCGAUAAAAGCCUUCCUGCAUGCUCGGCCUGCAUCAACGUGGGACACGAAUGCAUCCCUCGGAAAAUUGACGUCGAACCAAUCACGAAUACGGGUGGGAACUUGUCCCAUAGUGCUCUCCCAAGCUACGUGGAGACUUUGAAGCGAAAACGUGAAAGCCUACAGAUUCAGCUCCGUCGACAACGGCCACGCUAUGCGUCGAACGCAGAGAACACAGCGGAAUCGGAUAUCCCGCAAGUUCAGCCCUCAAGAGAUGGUGGUGACGAAGGGGAGCAUGAAACUACGGAACACACCGUUGAAGCUGCCAUGGGGGAAAUCGGCUUUCUGUCGCGUAGCGCCAUGGCAGAACCGCGUGAUGGCCGUGGUGAAGCUCCCCAAGAACUCGCCAUGGGACGAAUGGUGCGCGCGGCACUCGCUAUCACUGGGGCUAAUCCAUCCGAGUCAAGGAUAGAUGCUCUACAACAAGCAGUGGGAGGCAUGACAGAUCAACCCUUUUCGCUUAAAAAGCAUCUGGCAUCACCAUUUGUCUCUCGCUUUCUCCAGGCUGCGGGCGCACGGUUCCUCCACAUCGAUUCCGCAAAUAUUUGGGCAGACUUCGAAACGUUUUUCGCAGAGCCUGGGCUAUCAAAUAACCAAGCAGAUUUAUCGAAUCCAGCUCGGUCAUUCAAUGUUUACCUAUCUAUAGCCACGGGAAUGUUAAUUUCCCCACAAUCAUCCAACUUUCAAGGACUCUCUAGCAGCAUCCAUGCCGCUGCAGUGAAACUUCUGGGCACGAUCAUACAAUCUGAAAGUACCGAGAAAAUUCUCAGCUGCAUGAUAUUGAUGAUACUGUAUUCUGUUUACGGCUCCCUUGGGGGCUCGACUUGGCAUCUUAUUGGAUUGGCGAUGAAAAGAGCAAUUGCGUCUAGAUUCCAUCGGGACCCGGAUCGAGGCACUGUUGAUUCUUCCGAGGCAUUAACCAAAAGGCGAAAUAUAUUCUGGAGCUUGUAUACUCUUGAUAGAGAUAUAAGCGCCAUAAUGGACCGUCCGUUCAGCAUCGAGGAUGAAGAUAUCACGGUCAUGCCACCAGAUGAGUACCUAGCGAACACAUCCGAUGAACAAAGUCUGGCGUUUCACACUGUGACGCAUGCUAGGCUUAUAUCCUCAACCUCGCCCAUUGGAAAGAUCUUGCACGAGAUCAAGAUACAAGUCCACCUGUGA